ACCAACAACAACAACGACAACAACAAACGAACAUGGCGCAGCAUCGCACGAUCGCACGCACUCGUGAUGAUGAUGAUGUUGUUGCGCUGCACGCCCAUGGCAGCACCCGGGUUGUUGACCAAGAAGAAGAUGACGACGAUGAUGUUGGCGUGGUAGCAGAGAGAAGGCGGUUGCUAGAUGAGGCCGCGGAUGCAGAAGACGGCGACGGCGGUGGGAUGGGCGUGAGCAGCAGGGCCAUGCCGGCCGAUGUACCCAGUGUCAACCGCACCAACGACGCCACCAAAGGCGCAACCACCGCCUCCACCACCGACACAACCAACGGUACGGCCAGCAGCAUGGCCAAUAGCAGCAUGGCCAAUAGCAGCAGUAGCCAUGGGACGCUCAAAGACCCUGAUGGUGACGAGCAAGAUGCACACGGGGACGAGCAGGAAAGCUGCCCCAUCUGCCUGGAUGCCCUGAACGACAAGGCCUUGCUGGACGGGUGCUUCCACAGCUUCUGCUUCGAGUGCAUCAUGUCGUGGCUCAACGUGUCGCGAACAUGCCCGCUCUGCAAGGCGCCAGUGUCUUCCGUCAUCCACUCGAUCAAGUCCGCCACCAUCUUCAAGCGGAUCACCCUGCCGCCACAACGACCGCCGGCGCCAGAGCCAGCGCCCCCUUUCUCCCGACACCAUCCUCACCACCACCACCACCACCAUCGCCGCCAUCACCAUGCUGGUGCGUUUGACGCGCGACGUGAUCGAAGGCGGCACACCACGAGCAGGUGGUCGGCGCAUGAGACGGUGGCGGACGAGCGACGGCGCGAGACAGGGCUGGACAGGAGACGCGCUGUCUACGCCGCCAACAUGCGUGCGUUGCCCGAGUACGACGAGCAGCUGCGUGCUCGCGAGCGCAGCAUUGCGCCCUCCGGGCUGGCACGCGACGAACGCAACCGGCGACGCGUGCUUGCCUGGGCCAAGCGAGACAUCAACGCGCUCGUGCCAACAAACACCGCGUUUGUGUACGCCUAUCUCGAGUCCCUCCUCUCAACCACGGACCUGCGAGCAACCCAUAUCCUCGUGCAGUCGCUGGCGCCUUUCCUCCUCGCACACACAGAGCUGUUUGUGCACGAGCUGCAGAUGUUCGCGCGCUCGCCGCUCAGCAUGCCCGCAUAUGAUGCGCACGUGCGGUACCAGGUGCCCACGACGGACCAGCAGCGGCGCAUGGCCCAGCAGCACGGCCUGCUCCUCGGGCCCCCACGCCGUCCGCAGCAACAACAGCUACAGCAACCACAGCAGCACCAGCAGCAGCACCAGCAGCAGCACGUGCCGGGUUCGUCGUUUUCCCAACUCCAACUGGCACAACGCCCGACCAUCUCAGGGAGUGCUGCCAGCAUCGAGGACGACGGCAUGCAUGAAGAGCGGCGACAGCGGCUGCGCCAGUGGCAACAGCAGCAGCAGCAGCAGCAGCAUGUGCCACGUGCAGCCGUGACUACACCCACACGCGUGAUGGCGGGGGCGCAUGGCCAAUCCAUGUCUUCUCGACCGCCGCUACUGCCCCACCCUUUCGCAGCAGCAGCAACACCUGCACAGCCACCCUACUCCAUGCCGCACCAGGCAAGCAUGGCACCAUCCCAUCCGAUGGGCCAUGUGCCCCAGGUGCGGCCACCAGCAACACUGCAACAGCGCACCAGCGGCAAUGAUAGUGGUAUGGACGGGGACGAGUGGGUGCCCCACACUGAGGAGGACAUGCGGCUGUUGCGAGAGCUUCGGGCCGUGCGUGCAAAGCGUGCAAAGGUGCGCGAAGGCGUGCUUGCUGGUGGGUUCAGCAGUGUACAGGUUGGGCAGCUGUCAAUGCCACAGCUGUGUGAGCACGUGCACCAGCUGGAAAAGGAUGUGCUGCAGCGACGAAAGCGCAUCCUCGCCCUGCGCAGGGAGCAGGUGAACCAGCUGCGGGAAGCAGUGAGCACGAGUGCGGGUGUUGCUGGUCGUGGUCGUGGACGUGCUGAUGGUGGUGGUAACGACAGUGGCGAUGACAGUGCUGAUUGAUGACGGUUGCAGUGAUGCUACUGCAAGGGGGGGUGGCGACGGAGCUCGUGGUUUUUCGAUGGUGCUCGUCGUGCAGGCGCAGGUGACGCGUCAGUGUCGGCGAGGAUGCGAGGGUGAAUGACUUGCCAGGGCGACUUGCGCUUUGGAAACAAUGUUGCAGUGAGACGUCCAGCUGUGGCGGUCCACAUUCCUGCCUGGCUUUGACCCUCAUGCACACAUGCUUGUUCGUGAGCAUGACUAUCAUCAUCUCCACCGUCACCACCCUGCCAGUCUACCUGCCUGCUUGUUGGCUUGCCCCAUUGUUUAUUGAGAGGUGUGGGCUUGAAGAGCCCACAGUGUGUCGGCUACGACUGAAGCAAUGAAUAGUUGCAGUGG